ACUGUCAAAGACCCAGGACGACUGAGGGUCUACGAGGACUGGAUCUGGACCUGGAUCAGUACCAACACCAUGUCUGCCUCCACUGCAGCCACUUCUUCUGGAUUUGUCCCAACGCCAACUCCAAAGCCAGGCCUCCGGCUGGAGGCUGCUGACAUCACUGUGGUUGUCAUCUACUUUAUCUUUGUGAUGGCGGUUGGAAUCUGGUCAUCAUUGCGGGCCAAUAGGAACACAGUAGGAGGGUACUUCUUGGCUGGUCGUUCAAUGACAUGGUGGCCUAUUGGAGCCUCUCUCAUGUCCAGUAAUGUUGGCAGUGGGCUGUUUAUUGGUCUUGCUGGGACAGGAGCAGCUGGAGGCAUUGCUGUUGGAGGAUUUGAAUGGAAUGCAGCGUGGGUGCUGGUGGCUCUAGGCUGGAUCUUUAUCCCUGUUUACAUUUCUGCUGAUGUGGUGACUAUGCCUGAGUACCUGGCCAAACGGUUUGGAGGACAGAGGAUACGCAUAUACAUGUCGGUUCUGUCGCUAAUCCUUUACAUCUUCACUAAAAUAUCUACAGAUAUCUUUUCUGGAGCAUUGUUUAUCCAGGUAUCACUGGGGUGGGAUCUUUAUCUGUCCACUGGAAUCCUGCUGCUGGUCACCGCUGCGUACACCAUAGCAGGUGGUUUGGCAGCGGUCAUCUACACUGAUGCACUCCAGACACUGAUUAUGGUGGGAGGAGCCUUUUCACUGAUGUUCAUUGCAUUCUCUGAAAUUGGCUGGUAUGAUGGCCUUAUGGACCGUUACCCAUUAGCUGUUCCCUCAGUGACCAUUGUCAACACCACCUGCCAUCUACCACGUAGUGAUGCCUUCCACCUGUUCAGGGAUCCAGUGUCAGGGGACAUACCGUGGCCAGGACUUGUGUUUGGACUCACCGUACUGGCCACCUGGGUCUGGUGUACUGAUCAGGUCAUAGUCCAGCGGUCCCUGUCGGCCCAGUCUUUGUCUCAUGCUAAAGGGGGGAGUGUUCUGGGGGGAUACCUGAAGUUACUGCCCAUGUUCUUCAUCGUCAUGCCAGGCAUGAUCAGCCGAGCGCUGUUCCCAGAUGAGGUGGGCUGUGUGGACCCUUCUGUGUGCCUGGAGGUUUGUGGAGCCUCGGUGGGUUGUUCCAACAUUGCUUAUCCUAAGCUUGUGAUGGAACUAAUGCCCGUUGGUCUUCGUGGUCUGAUGCUGGCGGUCAUGUUAGCUGCUCUAAUGUCGUCUCUGACCUCCAUCUUUAACAGCAGUUCCACUCUAUUUACUUUGGAUCUGUACCACCGGGCAAGGCCCAGAGCCUCAGAGUGGGAACUGAUGGUUGUUGGAAGAGUGUUCGUUCUGCUCUUAGUGUGUAUCAGCUUAUUGUGGAUUCCAGUGAUCCAAACAGCCAAUAGUGGACAGUUAUUUGACUACAUCCAAUCAGUGACCAGCUUCCUGUCCCCGCCCAUUACUGCUGUAUUCCUAAUGGCUAUUUUCUGGCCACGGGCAAAUGAGCAGGGUGCAUUCUGGGGCCUGAUGUCUGGACUGGUGGUGGGUCUAAUCCGGAUGGUUCUUGAAUUCUCCUAUGUGUCUCCGUCCUGUGGUCAUCCGGACCUCCGUCCCUCUGUCCUGGCUGACGUCCACUACUUAUACUUUGCUCUCAUCCUGGGGACUCUCACCUGCCUGGUCAUCGUUGCUGUUAGCUUAGCCACAGCGCCAGUACCGAAGGAACAUCUCUAUCGACUGACCUGGUGGUCCAGACACAGCCUCAAACCUCGGACCGACCUCCCAGGACCCUGGACGACCCCUGAGCCAGUGACCCCUGAACCGGUUACCCCUGAGCCGGAGACCCCUGAGCCUAAGUCCUUCUGUCAGAGGUUUUCUCUGUGGUUGUGUGGUUUGUCAGGCCCGUCAUCUGCUGGUCCAGGAGAUGAAAGCAUUCAAGUGAUGUCCUUAGAGGAGGAGCCAGUGUGGAGGCGGGUCUGUAACGCUAACGCUCUGCUUCUACUGACCGUUAACGUGUUUCUGUGGGGAUACUUUGCCUGAUUUCACCAACCCUCUGCAGACUGUCAUCAUCAGUGUCAAACACGUCCUUUGUCUGUAACGCUUGGUCCAAAUCUGUCCUCGUACAUUAGACCAGAUUCAUCUGAGUUUGAGUUUUUAAUCUGAUGCUCCAGACAUCACCUCCAGUCACCCAUCACUCCGAUCCGCCUUUGGAUCCUGGGGUAUGUGUCCUUGAGUAAUGGUCCUUGAAAUG